ACAGGUUUAAUCCAGCUGAACUCGCCUUUCUCGCAGAGUAUGCCGCUGUCAUGAGCCCUGUCGCCCAAGCUACCAACAUAUUGCAAGCCGAAGCAAAUGCCAUGACGGGGUGGCUACUUCCAACCAUCAACCUGCUCACUGUCAAGGUUAACAGAGUCAAGUUGCCAUUGAAGUAUUGCAAGCCUCUGGUUGAUGCUCUACAGGUGGGAAUCAUGAACCGUUUUGGCCACAUGUCAAGAGAACCAGAGUUGAUCGCUGCUGCGAUUCUGCUUCCGAAAUUCCGAACGAUGUGGACAAAGGAUGAAGCCACAAUCAAAAUGGGAACUGACUACAUCAGGCAGCAUCUGGAAGAGCCCUCACUGCCGAUUGGUGAUGCCAGCACGUCCACUUCGUCUGAUGAAGAUGACUUUUUCUCUGCCCUGCAGUCGUCUCAUAUACAAGAUGGCACUAAACAGCUGGAUGGGUACUUGGCCUGUUCAGCAGAUCACAUGGACUUGCUGAAGUCCUUCCCAGCAGUGUGCAAGCUUUCUGUGAAGUUGAACACUCCUCUACCUGCCUCAGCGGCCUGUGAAAGGCUAUUUAGCAUCGCAGGACUUGUCUUCAGUCCGAGAAGAGUAAGACUGAAUUCUGUCAACUUCGAAAACCAGCUUCUUUUGAAGAUGAACAGACACCUUUUCAGUUUCAACUAAUGACUGGUGUAUUAGUGGCUGCUGGACAUAAGUGGCCUGUGUGUGUGUGUGUGUGUAAUCUAGGGAGUAAGCCCUACAAAUGCUCAUACCACAUGAC